AUGGGCAAUUAAUGCUGUUCUCAAACUUCAACUGCAACUCAAUCUUCAAAAGAAAUUCUAAAUCCUAUUCGUUAGGAUAGUGGAAUCAAAUCUUUAGGGGACUCAAUUUAAAUUGGGCAAUUUGGAGAUCUAAUCUAAUAGCAUUGCUAAUUGUAUCAAUAUUAAGAUGGAGAUGGUUUGCUAUCUCCUCCACCAUUAUCUCCAAAAUAAUAACAUGUUAUUGUUUAUCUUGAGCCAAAAGUAGUGAUCGAUGAAGCAAUUCACUUUUAAUCGGAUGUUAUGAAAGGAAUUUUAAGCACACGAUCACAUGAAUGCUAAUCUGAUUCUCCUUGUAGUCCAAACAACGCCAAAGAAAAACCAUAAAGAAGAGUCUAAUUUAAAGAAUAAUUAAUAUAAUGA